AUGAUUCCUCAACUUCAAAAAGUCGCCUGGGUGGACGUGCCUAAACCGCAUGCAACACUAACCCUCAGACGCGAUGUGCCGGUCCCUAAACCCGCUGAGGGAGAAGUGUUGAUUAAGAUGGAGUGCAGCGGAUUCUGUCAUUCCGACCUACAUAAUAUCUAUGGCGACUUGCCGAUGACGACGCAUAUUGCUGGCCAUGAGGGCGUUGGGAGAGUUGUUGCUCUUGGACCUGGCACUUCGAGCAAGUUGAUGGACAAGAGAGUCGGUGUUAAAUGGCUGUAUAGUGCAUGUAAAAAGUGUCCCACCUGCAAAAUCAGGUAUACAAACUGUCCGAAUCAGAAUAAUUGCGGAAGGAAUGUCCCGGGAACUUUUCAAGAAUACAUGGUUUCCCCUGCAGACUUCGUGACCGUCAUUCCAGAAGGUCUCAAACCAGAGGCUGUCGCUCCUCUUCUCUGCGCUGGAGUCACGAUGUAUGGCGCUCUGAAGAAGCUAGACAGGUACUGUGAGAAAGGCGACUGGGUCGUUCUUAUGGGUGCGGGUGGUGGUUUGGGCCACUUAGGAAUUCAGAUCGGAAAGGAGAUGGGGUAUCGCGUAAUUGCUGUGGAUAGUGAGUCUAAAAAGGACAUCUGCUUGCACUCAGGCGCAACAGCCUUUGUCGACUUGAAAGAAAACGUCGAAGAUAAGAUCAAGUACAUCUCAGAUGGACUCGGAGCUCAUGCGGUCGUGGUAGUUGUCGGCCUCGAGCAAGCAUACGAACAGGGUGCGAAGCUGCUACGACCUCUAGGUACGCUCGUCUGUGUUGGACUGCCGCACCCGGACUAUCAUAUUCCGAUCUCGCCUUUGGACUGCGUCAACAAAGGCUAUCAGGUGGUGGGCAGCGCCGUUGGUACAGAAGAUGAGAUGCAGGAAUUGCUCAAGUUAGCUGCGGAUGGGAAAGUCUCGUCGGCUUAUGAGGUCUUUGAUUUUGACGAUAUCAACGAUGUCAUGCUCAAGCUCGAGAAGUAUCAAGUGAGAGGACGAGCGGUCCUAAGGAUCGCAGAUGUUGGAGCCUCUCGGUUGUGACCCUUCUCAUAGUGCAAAAACAGCGAGGGAACGACGUGAAAGUGUGUACAGUUCGAACUUCUCGAUCUCCAUUGGCUAUCUGUUCAUGAUAGAAACUUUUAUUUCCACGAGUGUCUGCAGAACAAAAGACAGAAAAAUGCGAACAGAUCGAACAAGGUAAUUAACUGUACUUUGUCGGUCCCCAGUUGGAGUUCAUGAAUGAAUGGAGAGGGAAAUCCGACCAGUCUCCAAUUUCCCAAGUUAGUGAUAAUCAAUCGCCUAAUACUACCAAUUUAAAGGUGUAGGGUAUCAUAUAGUUG